UAUACUCUUCGUUAGCGCUUCCCGAUCGCUCCUACAUAAUUUCAUGAUCCACCAACUUCAAGUAGGGGAUUAAGGUAACCAAAAAGAAGAUGAUGAGCAAAAUUUCGAAGAAGAAGAAGAAGAAUGAUCAGUGUUUGAAGAAAAACCGGGUGUUGAUUACGGUUAAUGUGAUAGGGAGUCCGGGACCGUUGAGGUUGCUGGUGAAUGAAGAUGAUACAGUGUCGACUGUUAUCGAAUCCUCUCUGAAACUGUAUGCUCGUGGCGGACGUCUUCCUAUUCUCGGAUCCGAUUUCAAGAAUUUCGUACUCUAUGUUUCAAAUGCUCGCUCCGAUGCACUGAGUUCAAGUGAAGCCAUUGGGUUAUCUGGUGGGAGGAUCUUUGUGAUGUCUAAGAAGAAGGCUGGUCAGCAAACCACGGAAGGUAGGUCAGAUAUGAUUACUCGCCAGCCGGACGUCCGUAGUUGGAAGUCAUGGCUCAAUAGUCUCAAUAAGCUGUCCUUCAAGGUUAUAUCACAUUAAUAGAUGUUACUAUAUAUCUGGUAUAAAAAAUGGAAUAUUGCCAUAGUACAACAAUAAUUAAAGUUGAUACCGAAAACGCUAUCUUUCUGUU